AUGGACCGAGGCAACGUGACCCUCUCACCUAUAACCUGGACAAGCUCCAGCCAGCCCCCAGCAUCCAUGAAGAGCACUAACCUGGCCAUUGCUGUGUUGCUCUUUGCCACCUUCCUAGUGGGUGUAGUGGGGAACGGGCUGUACCUGUGGGUGCUGGGGCUGAAGAUGAGGAGGACGGUGACCACCCUCUGGUUUCUCCAUUUGGUCUCCUGUUCUCUCCUCUUUACCCUGAUGCUCCCUUUCUUCACUGUCCAUGUUCUCCUUGGUUUCCACUGGGUCUUCGGCACUGCCAUGUGCAAGGUCCUCAGUGCCUGCACCCAUCUGGGCAUGUUCUCCUCUGUCUUUCUCCUUGCCCUCAUCAGCCUGGACCGCUACACCCUCACCUGCUGCCCUGUCUGGUCCCGGCAUCACCGCACCAUGUCCUGGGUCAGGAAGCUUGUCAUGGGUGUGUGGCUGGUCUCCUUCACCCUUAGUGCUCCCUACCUGUUUUUCCAGGAGACCUGGGAGAUGGAGGGAGACAGGGUCAUUUGCACCAUUUAUUACAUCCUCUCCAGAGACCAGGACAGAGCUGAGGUGCAGGCCUGGAGGGUACACAUGUACAUUGUUCUGUUCGUGGUCCGUUUCCUACUGGGCUUCCUGCUGCCCUUCUGCAUCAUCGCAGUAUGCUACGGCCGGAUGGGGCUGGAGAUGAAGGAGAAGGGGCUGGCACGGAGCAGCAAGCCCUUCAAAGUCAUGGUGGCCGCGGUGGUGUCAUUCUUCUUUGGCUGGCUGCCCUACCACCUCUAUCAGAGCUUGACGCUCAUCAGAGAUGUGCCACAGUCAUUGGCUGAUGCCUUCCUGCUCAUUAGCAUCAUCAUGUUCUGCUUUAACGUCUGCUUCACUCCAGUCCUCUACCUCUUUGUGGGGCAGACAUUCCAUCAGGUGUUCAGGACAUCCCUCUUCGCUCAGGUCAAAGCGGCUUUUCAUGAGGAUCUCGAUAGUGAUGUGUCUGGACCAGAUUCUAGAGGGAGAACAGGCGAGAAACUAACUGCAUGAAGUAGAGAAAAACUUGAACUCCUGCAAAAUCUAGAUACCUGUUACUUUUAAACUGAUUGGGUUCUAGGUAUCUCAAUAUGUCCUUACUGCAUAGAAUUUCUUUGGGUCUAGAUUCACAGCUAGCUCUAGAUUCUCAUGUGUUCUAUGUCUCUUGGCAUAUUAUAAUUAAGGCUCCAAGUCUGUCAAAGGUGUCACAGAUUCUGUGACUUUUUGUGACCUCUGACUUCU